AGUUAAGCUGACAGUGAUCACACACAUUAUUGACAAUUUGUCCAUUACAUCUAAACUCUUAUAAUGUUCCAAGUUCUUAUCCAUUUGGUGUUGUAAUGUUAUGUUAUUGUAGUAUAAGAUGAGGCAUGUCAUCUCUCCUCCUGAUAACCUCUGACCCCUUGACACUUUACACGGAUAGGAAUUCUUAUUGUUGAAUGUGUCCUUGAAAUCGCCUUUAAAAAGAAACUACCUGAUGAAGUAAUAUCUCCCUAAUCACUGCACGUGAGUAUUGUGGGCCAAUAUGUCAGUGAAUUUAGAAGAGCCAGGUCCAUCCCGAAUUAAGCGGAAGAACUCUGACCCCGAACAAGGACAUGGAGAAAGUAAAUGCAAGACUGAAGAAACUCAUCAAUUAAUGUCAUCAGGCAAUGAGGAGGACACUGAAGAGGAAAAGGCGGCUAAACUGGGUGAAUAUCUGAGUUCCCAAUAUGAAGUAGUUCUAAGGCUUUUAAACAACCUUCCAGCUUUUGAUUUAAGGAGAGCUGCUCAAGUAUCAAAGUCAUGGCAGACAGCAGCCAACGUCAUUCGAGACUCUCGUUUCCAAUUUCAUUGGUUGUUUUGGCGAGCCAAUAGCGGUGGCUGGAAUAUCCCUCCUCCACUAGCUCUUUAUUCCUCACUAUGUGAGCAUGUGUAUUCUCAGCCCACCCUGUGUAUUGCUUUCUUUACAAGAUCAGCCAUUAAAACAUUUGAAUGCUCCGCUGAGUAUCUCUGUCCUGUAACAAAACAAUACAAAUGUUGCGGAAAGCAGCAUCCAGUGGAGUCAUACAUGUCGCUUGCCCUUGGACCAAAAUGUACACUCUUGUCAUUCACUGUGAGUGGUGUAAUAGGCACUUCCCUGGAUCUCAAAUCAACAUUUGAAGUUGAACACAUAAACAGAGGCAAAGCUCAGGCUAUGAGUGCAGCUCUUUUUCCGAACUCGCCUGGGGUUAAGAUCGUAAGGUUCAAGAUGACAAAACAAGAACUAUUUCAGAAACGUUCCUCAACAGAGCUUGCCAAGGAUCUUGGGAUACCUAGUAACAUGCUUAUACAAGCUCUAGCUCUUUUUACAGGUCAUCGAGUUCGUGAGAAUGAACUCUCUAUGCUGGUUGCUCAUUUGCAAGCAAGGCAGGAACACAGAUUUGCUGUAGCAGGUGGAAUUGGUGAAAAAGCUGAUGGCAUUGAAGGUUUGGUUUUUCUUGGUGAUGAUGUGGCUGCUGUUUCACUUAUCAUUCCUGAGACAGUCACUGAAAAAGACACAGUGGUUGAACAUGUCACUAAAAUCAAAAACUGUAAUUUACCAUCUGAGAGAUCCAUGUGCUUAAUGUUUACUUGCCUUGGGCGUGGAACAAUGUGGUACUUGGGAGAAAAUAAUGUUGAAUCGAGCAUUAUAAACAAAAUGUUUCCUCAAUCUCCUGUCAUAGGCUUCUUUGGAAGAGGCGAGAUAGGACUUAAUUUUCUGUGUAAUUUCCCAGCUCAUCAAGAUUCAAAAUUAUUCUGGCAAGAUUUCAAAUCUAUCUGUAAUGAAAGUAAGAAGUCUCUGGAGGCCCCACCAAAAGAAGUCAAGAGAGGCGAAUUCUAUCAAAUUGACCAUGCGUACAGCACUUGCCUUUUGUAUUUGACAUUUAAUGUGACAAGUGCCAAUCUGAGUCUUUGAAACCUCAUUUUAUUUUGGCUCGCUCUCUACCAUUUUCAAAUAUGUAUCAUUUGUUACAAUUUUAUUUUGCCUUGAAGUGUGCUGCCUGUUAUGUUUGGUGAAUAUUAUUGACAAUAUUUUUUUCAUUUAUAUCAUUCCUAACCCUUUGAGUCUUUUGUCUCUUCUUCCACCCCCCGAAAAAAAAAAACUGAUCAAGUGUAUCUUUUGUACAUAAGUACAGUGAAAUGCUGUGUUGUGUUGAUUCAGCAAUAUAUUUUCUAUUGAAUGACCGAUAAAA